AUGAGCAACCUUUCCAACCAGUCUGCUGUGGAUCUUCUUAGCAGUUUAUUGAGUCUGAUACAAAAUGUGAAUGAAUCAGUGCUUCGGUCAAGCAAGGAGGUGGCACAGAGGCUCGAUAAGCUCGAAGAGGAGAUAACGCAACAAGAGGAGAUGAUACGGGGCCUUAUUGAUCGAUUCAAUACAAAUCCUACCACUGCAAUUGGCGGUAAUACCACUGCUCAAGGCCGGUGGGCGAACAUUCGACCUACCUACAAGCAUCCACGAGGUGGUGAAAACGAACGUUAUAGGCAGUUCUCAUGGGGCUUGAUUGAUACCAUUGGACAACACGUAGAAGGCUCAAAUUGGGAUCGGAGCAUCACACAGUCUUUUCAAAGAAACUCUCGCUCCAUAUCCAAUCUUAUAGCAUCUAACGGAAGGAAACAUGGCAAUCUACCAAGUAAUUCUACCUGGAUCGAUGUAAUAUCAGUGGCACAAACAGAAAUGGCACGAUUAUUGGAGGACAUGUCUGUCGAUUUGUUUCCGCUGAGAGCUUGUGAAGGCCAAUGGGGUGCAAGAUUGAUCAUGACCGAAGCCUUCAGACGUACAAGCACAGAUACAACCCCCAAAAAACAAGCUAUAGCUGAAUCAAGUGUAUCAUCCCUUGGAGCUUCAAGACUUACAAUAAGCCAACCAUCAACUAUUCAAGAAGCGGAGAGUAGUCGCAGCGGCCAACAGAGAAUUGCAUGUACAAGCGAGCAUCCAUUACCAUCACCACCACGUAACAUAUAUGCGGCAGACGACUCAUCAAGUGACAGUGAAUCAGCGCAUGAGAAUGAGCCUGUACAGACAACAGCGGAGAAGGUUUAUCGAGAUGAUUUUGAGAGCAAUGUGCUCGGCUUGGCCAACUGCACCUUGGGUGCCAGUUUCAAGUUCAUCGUGGCUAAUCCCAGAUUUCGCAAUGUCGCCACCAGCCAAACUGGAUCUGGGGGUCGACCUCUUCGACAACGACGAGCAAAAAAAUAUUUUUUGGGCUAG